GACUGUUUUCUUGGAUUGCUGGCUAGAGUAAGAAAGAGCACUGCGGGUCGGUGAUUCCUGGCUACCUGGAGUUACCUGUUGACCCUUGCAUCCCGUCACAUUCACCCGUGCAGAACGAGCGGCGCGAAACCGUGGCUGCGUGCGCGUGUGUGUGAGAGAGUAGGUGCGGGUUAUAACAAUUAGAUGAAACAAUAGACGCGUGUGUGCAGAAACAAAAGGCUGACAGUUGUGGCGAUCCUGAAUCGGAUUUAAAUUACUGGAUAAGAAACCUAAUUAGUGGCAUCCGAGGAAAGCGAGACGAGUAACAGUGAUUGGUGUUCGAUUGAUUAUGCUAAUUUGUGAUGAUUUAAUUUCGCUAAUUACACUGCAACUUGUUUACUGUGGCUGAUUCGUGGCAUUUGUUUACAUUUUACGACUGAAGAGUUGCUGAGCGAAACGGGCAGAAGGUGAAGUGCACUAUGAAACGCGAAAUGAAGCAAUAGAAGGAAAGUGCGAAACACAACAAAUGUUUAUUGAAUCAAUCGAAACGAAGCCGAGGUCUGUGGUGAAACAAAAAAAAACGCCAGUAAGGAAAACAAGUGAGUGGUUAAUUUCAAAUCAGUGGUUGUAGGAAAAAAAUCAAGCAACACAGAAGUCAAGCUUCAAGACGUAUCGCUUGACCGAAGGAAUUGUUUUUUUAAGGUUAGUGUGGUAUCAGCUAAAACUUGUGUAGUUGAACAGCACCGAAUCGAGUGCCGGUUUGGUACGGUUGUGUUCGACCACAACGAAAUUCAAGUGCACACGACAUCGUGAAGAAUUAUCGACAUUCGAUCGACAUUAUAUGAUGCAGUAAGCCGUUUUUUGUUCCUGGUGAUACCUCGAAAAUUAGUAACGGGGUUUUCGCGGUCGAAUAUCGACCGAUACGCAGCAGGUCGUCAAUAUGUUGCAGUGAGGAAUUGAGGACGGCGACGAAGAAAAACGCUUCGUUUCAGUUUGGUUUCGGUUGGUUCGUUUGUUUUUGUACGUGUAACAAUUGAACCGGAAAGUAAACGUUGGAGCCGAACUUCUUGGGAUUAAGCUGCAGUGAAUAGAGACUGUCGUCGGUUGGUUCCAGCUGACAAAAAGCCGAUUGCCAUACGAGGGUUCGUCCAGAAUGGAUACCUCAAGGACUUUGUUUAAAGUUACGAUGUCUCGGACAAAGUUGAUGCCCGGAGUGCUGCUACCGCUGCUGGUGCUGCUGCUCGGCGUCCAAACAGUGUUCGCCGACAAAACGAUGGACACCCGGGAGGGCGAGGAUGUGACGCUCAAGUGUCGCUUCAACGAACACUACUCGGACCGGGAGUACUCGUACUAUUGGGCUCGCCAAAGUCUGAACAAGUACGACAAUGUGGCCAUCAAGGCGGACACCUUCAACCAGAACCACAAAAUCGACUACCGCCCGGACAAGGGCAUCUACGAUCUGCAGAUUAUGAAUGUGUCCUACGCGCGCGACAACGGCCGCUACGAGUGCCGCAUCAAGCUGGUUGGCGACGGUGAAGUCAUCUACGAGGACUACUACAAUCUGACGGUGCUGACGCCUCCCCAGCCGCCGCUGAUCUUUCCCGGUAGCGAAACGACCGCCACCGAGGACAAAGCUCAGGAACUGACCUGCAGCAGCGUCGGCGGUUCGCCGGAUCCGAUGAUUUCUUGGUACCGCGAGGGAAGCACCACACCGCUGGCAGCCAAUCUGAUUACCGGCGGGUCCCGGGACAUGCAAACCACCAGCACCCUAACCAUCAUUCCGCGCCGCGAGGACGACGGUGCCAAGUUCAUGUGCGUCGUCUGGAACCGCGCUUUGCCCGAGGGACAGCGGCUCGAGACGGUUACGAUGCUGUCCGUCAACUACUUCCCGCGCGUUGACAUCGGACCGGAAAACCCUCUGAGUGUCGAACGUGACCAGACGGCCAAGCUGGAAUGCAACGUGGAUGCCAAACCGAAACCGGAACGUGUGCAGUGGACUCGCAACGGACGGUUCAUUUCGUCCCAUACGGUACACACCAUCCAUCGGGUUUCGCUGCAGGAUGCCGGGAAGUACGCUUGCUCGGCCGACAAUGGACUCGGCAAGGUGGGCGAGCAGGAAAUUGCGCUGAAUGUCCUCUAUCCACCGAUCGUGCACGUCGAAUCGAAGACGAAGGAAGCGGAAGAGAAGGAAAUGGUUCAGAUUAAGUGUAACGUAACGGCGAAUCCUCCGCCGGUAACGAUCGAGUGGCUGAAGGAGGGUGAGAUGGAAUUCCGUCAAAUUGGUGAAACGCUGACGUUGCGUGAUGUGCGAGCUGAAGAUGCUGGGACUUAUGUCUGCAGGGGUAUAAAUAUUAUGAAACCGUACGGUGGAAAAACUUUGGAACGAGAGGGUAACGCCUCGAUUGCUUUGCUUGUACGGCAUCGUCCCGGACAGUCAGUGAUUACUCCGGAGAAACCGGUGGUUCACGUUGGGAAUAGUGUUAGCCUGAUGUGUAAGGCUGAUCCCCCUGGUUGGCCGCUAGCUCAGUACCGUUGGUAUCGGGAUGUCGGAGGGGAAAUUUCAACUACCGUGAUUGCUCAGGGUGCUCAGUAUCUGAUUCCGAAAGCCGGGCUGCAAAGCGAGGGCAAGUACUAUUGUCAUGCUGGAAAUGAUCUCGGAAACGGUGGAAUGGCUAGUGCGACUUUGGAGGUACAUCAACCUCCGCAAUUUUUGGCCAAGCUGCAGUCCAAUAUGAUUCGUCGAGCUGGCGAAACUGAUUUUACGGUUACGUGCAGUGCCAAGGGUAAACCUGAGCCCACAAUUACGUGGUUGAAGGAUGACAUAGAAAUUACCCCCGAUUUGCACAUGUUCGAUGUGAAGACGAACGUUGCGAAGGGUCCUAAUGGUAUGGUCACGGUGCAAAGUAUGCUUAGAUUUGCCGGAAAGGUGCGUUCUAAUGGGAAUGAUCUUAUGUCCGGGGAUCGCGGUCAGUACACUUGCUUGUAUGAAAAUGAGGUUAAUAAGGCCAACUCUACCAUGCACUUGAAGAUUGAACAUGAACCGAUUGUUUUACAUCAGUAUAAUAAAGUGGCCAACGAUAUUAAGGAAACUGCCGAAGUUGUGUGCAAGGUUCAAUCGUAUCCCAAACCCGAGUUUUUGUGGCAAUUUGGAAGCAAUACAGCUCCGCUGAGUAACAGCGAUCAUUACGAAAUCGGAUCUUCAUCGGACAGCAACGACGUCUACAUGAGUGUGCUAAAGAUUAAUAACUUGCGCCAUCAAGAUUAUGGGGACUAUCACUGUCGUGUUUCGAACGCACUGAAUACCAUCCAUGUGCCAAUCCGGCUGCAACCGAAGGGUCCACCGGAGAAGCCAACGAAGCUGAAAGCUGUAGAACUUGGUCCGAAUUAUGUCGUACUCUCCUGGACGCCCGGCUUUGAUGGAGGCCUUACCAAUACGAAAUACUUCGUUUCCUAUCGUAAAAUUGUAAUUCCGAACGAAAGUCUCGUUACCGACGAAUGUGCCGUUGUUUCUGCUAGCGGAGCCGAAUGGAUGGAGUUCGACUGCCAACGGGAAGUUCCCUGUUCCAUUACUCCCCUUGAUCAUCACCAGAGUUACGUGUUUAAGGUGAAAGCUCUGAACACCAAGGGAGUUUCGGAGCAUUCCAACGAAAUCAGUGCCACGACAAAGGUAGAGAAAGUGCCCGUUCCUCAGCAGGCUUCGUUCGAUCCGGAAACGCGCAUUCUUGCUCUGAGCGUUGGACCCACGUGCCUUUCGAUGAUCGCCAUCGUGGAGUCGGUGAUUUACGGUGAUACACCAAUGGCGGCUUGGCACAUUAUCGAGACUAUCGAACUGCAGGUCAAUGGACACGAACCGACCUAUAAGGAGCGAAAGAUCGAACACUUCGUAGCCAACAGGAGAAAUAAUGGACGGUCGCUUGGAAACGGGUUGGAGGACAUUCCGCUGCCAGCGUUGGAGGAUGAGCUGAACCCGAGAGUGCGAGUUAAGUUGUGUUUGAAGAUUAAUCACGAGUACUGUGGAGAAUAUGUUGAAGCUGAUAUUGGACCAUCACUAAUUCAGGAGGCGUCCUUCGUAGAACUGCAUACUCUGAUCGGUAUCGGUGUAUCUUGCAUUGUUGCGGGUAUUUUCGUCGUUCUGCUACUGUUGUUCUGUCGCUGUAAGCGUAAGCAAUCGAAGGAAACGGCCAAAGCCAAGGAAUAUGACAUCGAUUCGAUUCACCCGUCGAUUGUGGCUCAGCAAAAUCAAGCUCCUCCACCAUACUAUUCAGCCAGCAGCCUGGAAAAUAAAGCUCUGGAACACUCGAUGGAUUUGGCAAUGGACCAGAAUGCAGCGUUGUACGCUAGUCAACAGACUUACGGAUAUCACCAGCAGAACGCCAUGAUGCCGCAAGUUCCGCAGAAUGACUGGUCCAACAUGGGUUAUGUCGAAAAUUCGUACUCAAACUCUAAUAACGGUGGAAGCGUAAACUCCCAGGACUCGAUUUGGCAGCUGAAAAUGUCAGCCGCUGCGUCCAAUUCGGCCAAUAUGAUACCACAGCACAACUACAUGGACCAGCCACUCCAGCAAAACUACGGAUAUGACCCGAUGACACACGGAGGCUACGGAGCGGUUGAUGAUUAUGCUCCCUACCCGCACUUGAUGACUACAGCCAGCCAGCACGGAGGCGAUGACUAUCACCAUAAUAUGCGCAACAGCCAGAACCCGUCCCGUCAAGACUACUGCAGCGAUCCGUACGCUUCGGUGCACAAACCGAAGAAAAGGAUGGACCAGCAUAUGGAUUUUGUUGCCGAAUCUCCGUACCACGAUGUUAGUGGCUUGCCAGACCCGUACAUGGAACAGGAUGAAGUCAAAUCACCCGGUCCGAAUCAGCACCUCUCGAUGAGCUACGACGACGCCCUGGCCCUGGAAAGUGGCUACUCCACACCGAACUCCCGCAAUCGACGAGUGAUACACGAAAUUGUCGUGUAGACGAGCAGCAACAGCAGCAGCAGCAGCCACAAUCAAGGAACGACGAAAAGGAACAACUUUUAAGGAACAAAUGCGAGCAAAACAAACAACGAAACAUUUUAAAGCCAACUUAAGAAUACGCGCAAAAUUUACGUUAAAGUACGCAGAUGGCAGCAUAGUUCAAAUUGACAACGUAGAAAGAGAGAGCAAAUAUUAUAACAAUAGUGCCGUUAAAAGUGAAACGACAGAGUUUAUAUCUAAAUACCUAGUAAAAACAAACAAAAAAAACGAUCAUCUGGACGGGAGGCUUCAGCCCGAGGGGCUUAUUUGAUCUCAAAUAACUCUUUCUGAGGCAAUCGCUGGAUGGUUUGGCCAAACUGUGAUUGUAAAUAUAUCCUUAAGCCUAAUGGUAGGGUUGGAGCAGCAGUUAUUUGUUUUAAUGUGAAGCUCUGAUUUUAAUUAAUGAAAGAAUGGAAGAAAAAAAACUAGGCAUAGUAAACCGUGCUCAGAAGGAAUUAUCUACAAUACAAUAUUUUAUGGUAAAUCGAACAAUAGAGGAAAAACAAAAUACGCACGAUCGUCCUGAGCCGACGAAAGCAAGUGACUUAAAUGACAACGAAAUGUAAUCUCAUAAAAAAGUGCAUGCCUAACCGAAUGUGCCAUUCUUUGUCAUACUUUAGCAAUGAUCGACACUCACUGGAUUGCAUGACGACGGAACAGAAUUAAGUGCUUAUUUUUACGAAGAUUUAGUACGAAUGGCUCGAAUAUAACAAAAAAAAUGUAUGAGAUUAUUUUCAAUCUGAACAGGAAGGGAAAAUAAGUUUGUGUAUAGCUACAAGUUGAUUCUUUUAGAGAAUGAAUCGUCAAAGUCGAAUAGUUAAAGCCUAUCGAGUAAUAGAUAAGCAAAUUGGUUUUAUAUUUAGAUAAGGCGUUAUGGUGCCAUUCACAAUUCAUUUCAAACAUCGUCGCACGUGGUUGCACACCGUUUGACGACGAGCUUGGUUCGAAACGAAUUAUGAUGAAUCUUCCACCUGAAUAUUCAUACAAAUUGCGUGACACAUGACAAUAAUUAACUUAAGAUGACAUUUUUUUAAGCAACUCAUUUUUUUUGUUUCAUACUUAUCCUUCUGUUCUUCUUAUUCUAUUACUUCGAAUCAAAUUCAACGACGUAGGUACAAAGUAACAAAGCUAGCGUCCGUAGUUCUAUUCAGAGUAGCGAAUAAUUUUGUAAAAAGCAAACUACACCGGAGAAGACGCAAACUUUGCUUAAUUUAUUAUCAAAAUUUAAAUCCUUUAGAAGAAGAAAAAACGACACGACCUGUCAUCGGUCAACCGGACACCCUUACGAGGUGUCGCCGUCCGCGUUCAAUAUUCAUCCUGCCCUAUUACUACUUCAGCAGUGUGCGGAACACUCUAAAACUGCUCACUUUGGUGAGAUAUUAUUAAACGUAUGUAAAAUGUAAAUUAGUUCACUUCGCGCGGCACGCGUCCGCGUCCACGCCUUCUGUCAUUCUACUUUCCAAGUCCGUAACUUUUGCUUCCCUCCGUUAGUUCUUAGAAUAAUGAAAAAAAUACACUCGUUUUUAAGUUAGUAAGUUUACCUACACACUUCUCCAAUCUUCUACAAACAAGGCAGAGCAGUGAGCUGCAGUUAGUUAGAAAACAGACCGAACAGAGAAAAAGUUAGGCGAGAAACGAGUAAUUAAAAACUUGUACAUACUGAAAAUCGAGCGAACGCGAAAACCGAAGCUGCUGAGUUUUCCCUGUAAAAUAGUGAAAGAAAAAUAAGCGUUCAUUACAGUUGCAAAAUGUCCCACCUGCCACAUCCGCUUCUCACUCACACCACACCGUUUCGAAUUCCGACGGACUGUGCAGACUGGACUAAUCGUUUCGUUAGCAGCCCCCCGCCGCCCUCUUGUUGCGACAACCGGAAGUGGUCAGGAGGCUUCACAAAAGCUGGCGACAACCGUCCGGAUUCGGUCGUCGGCGUCACCGUCGCCGUCGUCGUCAACCGAGCGAGGGGUAGCGGCUAGGACGUUGAUGAAAAUGUCAUCAACUUUGCUGGCUGGCUGGUGUGCAAUGCGAUAAAACCAGUUCAGUUCAGUCCAGUCCAGUUGAAAUAGCUAAAGUUUCAAGCAAUUUCUUAAAACAUUAAUUCAAAGUUUGUUAACGAAAUGAAGUUUUGUUUUUGAGUAGAGGCAACGAGAAAAUAACCGGUACUUACACUACGACGAAAGCAAAGCAAAUGGGAAACUUCUCUCAGUACCAAUUACGGAAAAACUCGGGCUCUCUCACUUGCAACGCCCAAACAGCAAUAGUGCCUAGAACAAAAAAAAUAAUAAUAAUAUGUUUAAUCGGAGGCAGGAAACUUUUCCUCUUCCACGUUAUUGCUAGAACGAGUUUCGUGUAAAUAUUGACUGAAAUUAUUUUUACUUUAAGAGGAUCUACUUAUUUUUUAGUACAUUUUGUAAGUAAUUAAUUAGUUGCUAGGUUAACUUUUU